AUGGAUGAAAGCAGGAAGAGAGGCAGCACAGAUCUCGAGCAGACCAGUUACGCUGGCAACCCAUCCACUGUGAGCCUCAAAGGAUCGAUUGACCCAUCGAUGGACUUGUCGAGAAAGCGAUCGUCCGCGACCAAGGAGGCCUCGGCGUGUCAGCCUGCUCAAGUACCUGGUGAGCCAGAGAAACCGAUUACACUGAGUCAGCAGCCAGGUCCUCAGGAACAGUCCGAGUGUGUAAUGGGCGGAGAGUCCUAUGUGGCCGACAAGUCGCUGAUGGAUGCCUUGACACAACAGAAGGGCUCGACAGAAUGCGUCAAAGACACUGUCGACGACGAACAAGACCCCCGCGAGCCCCUGCCGGACCGGGCCAUCAUCGACCGGCGGGUGUCCAUGGGCGAAGUGGUACACACCAUAGCGCCAGCACCAUGUCCGGGCGACACCGCUUCUGGUAUUAGCGACGGCGGACUGCAGUAUCACGACAUCAUGGCCGCCAUGGACGAAGCACGUUUUGGAAUUGAAAGCGGUUCCCUGGAGCCCCACGUCGAUCCGCGCGAGCCGAUGAGACGGCGGGCCUCUUUGGACCGAUUAGUGUCUCUGGGACGGAUAGUCGCUACCAAGCCAGCAACACGCUUUCCCAUGCGGAGUGCUUCGGCUUCCAGCGAGUCUGACUUGGGCCGGAAAAAGAAAGACCAUCUCCUGGAGAACCGACCUGCGCCGAGGGUCAUGGUGCUCACCGGUCUAAUCGGCUUAUUCCUGGCGCUGACGUUCCUGUCCCUGCUCAUCGUGCGUCGAGUGUACUUGCCCGCGCAGUCAUCUAACCGAUCCGUGUGCGACACCGAGGACUGCAUCGCGCAUGCUAGGUCCAUACUGGCCAACUUGAACGAGUCCGCUAAUCCCUGCGUGGACUUCCACGCGCACGUAUGCGGGGGCAGUAUCGACGACGCGGGCCGCAGAGACUACGCCCACUCUGGGAGAGGCAGCCCGCUGGCACGCGCCUACAGUGAAGUAAUGCACACGCUCGGCAAUGCUGAGACCUUCCGGGCAGCAAAUCACAGUUCUGUCGCGGCAACCAAAGCUUUCGCUGCCGUGACCAACUGCGUGGAAUCAAGCCGUCACUCAGCUGCGGACAGUUUCGCAGCGUUCAUGCGUGACAGGGGCAUCACUUGGCCGCUCCCUGCCUCAACAUCUGGAAAGAACGCGACCGCCGCCAACGUGUUGGACAUCCUCCUGGACUUGGCUGUCAAUUGGAGGGUCUGCCUCUGGUUCAGCGUCGUCGCGUCCCACACAGCGACCCUCGACGGAGUUCCUGCGGUCGUCUUCGGGGAACCUGGUGACAUUCCCGCACUUCGAAUGGAACAGCUGGCGGUGUACGAUGACGAGGUGUACGCGGACGUCGUCCGCAGCCUAUCCCGGUACCUCACAGACGGCAAGGUGGCUCCGGACGACGUGGCCGUGAAAGAGUUGCGCGUAGACGACGCAGCCUUCCAGGGAGUACUACUUAGCAGAGAAGACGACAAUGACGACGACGACUUCGACAUCGUGAUACCGCUGAGUAAUAUCACGGAGGUCUUCGGAGACGUCCUCUCGAAGGCCGACUGGUCGGGUCUACUGAACAAGCAUCUGAACAACGUCAUCGGCGACGUCUCCAACUCUACAAGACUUUAUAUUCUGAACAAGAAGCGAUUCGGUCGACUCGGUCGCUUGGUCGGGUCUCUUCCUGCUCCGAGGCUGCUGAACGUCGUUGGAUGGACGUUCGCGUAUGCGUAUGUCUGGACCGUGAACGCCGACUUCGAUAACCCGUCGUCACCGGGCACCGCAGGAUGCCUCGCGGCUGAUACACUGUGCUUCGUCUCGGUCCAAGAGUCGUUUGGCAUCGCGCAGGCACAGCCUGUGUUUAUGGAUGCGUUCGACGUCACGGAGAGGCAGAAGGUGACUGCGGUGCUGAGGGAGACGUCGGCGGCACUUACGCAAGCGGUGUUGGCGUCGUCGGUGAUAUCGAAUGCGACGAAGCUGGAAGCGGUGGAGAAGGCGGGUUCUCUCACGCGGCGCCAUCAACUGUGGCCGCCCGAGCCUUACCCGCAGGGCGGCUCUGCGUUCGACACGCUUUACGUCAACUUUUCCGGCACGAAAAAGACCGUCUUCGAUGGCUGGAUCGAGUCCAGGAAGUCGCUGAGAGCGGCCUUACCCAGUCCUUACUACGAGAGCCUAUUGACGUCUAGGUACCGCUGGCAUUCGGGUAGCGCGCUGUACCUGUACGCGCUCAACGAGCUUCGGCUCAGCCUCUCUGCUCUGUUCCCGCCGACGUACGUGCGUCAUGGCUCGAGUACCAUGACCUUCGCGGGACUCGGGUUCAAGUUGGCCAGACAGAUGGUGCGCUCCGUUGACCUGCACGGCCGGUCCUUGGACAGCGUAGGGCGCAACACGUCCUGGUGGCAGCGGCAGGACAAGCAAGGACAGUCGUCUUGCAGGUUGGUCAUCUUGUCGUUCAUCCGAGGCACUACUGCAUGA